AUAACAUUAUUCUCAAGAAUUAACUAGAGGUUCUGGCCAAAAUCCAAACUGAUGAUUAUGUUCUGCCUACCUAACUUUCCAGUAAAUGCAGGUGCAUUUUAGCAGUUGAUGAAUAUAUUUGGGUAAGUCUCUAAACAUACUAGAGUAAUUUGGAAUAAAAAUCAGACUAGAAAAGCAGUAUGUUCCUACCUUUAAGGCAGCGUGUAUUCAUGCCCUCUGUGGGGGUUACAGCCUGAUGAAACAGGACUAAGGUAGUGCUGGGGUGAGCCCUGUUAUCCCAGCCAUCCUGAGUCAUAUUUGUAGGUAGUACUUGCGGCACUGGGUACUUAUGAAGCACUUUACAUUUUCAAAAUGCUGAACAAACAUUAACAAAUUGUUCUGGCUGAGGUUUGGUGAGUCAUGGUUUGUGCUGACUGAAACUCAUAUGAUAUCAAUAACAGCAAUAAUAAACAAGUAAGGAGAGACUGACUUUAAAAUGUAUAGGGAAAUGCUGCACGCUAAGCUACAGAAAGAGGAAACUGCAUUUUCACCACUUGCUGUACUUGACAAAUUGCAAUUUAAGUCCAAUACUUAAGAAAACUGCAUUCAGCAGGACUGAAGUGAUGCCAAAGUGCUUGUAACACUUUCCCCUGGCAUUACUUCUCUCUUAUGUAGAUUAUUCUUCACAUAUUUAGGAAUGCUAGUGCAACAGUACAAUAACACAGCCGCCAGGAUUCUUUCACGGUGAGAUCUGACCUUUUGUAUUGCCCUGGGAAAGCAAAUUGCCCUUCCUUGUCUUCAUUUUCCUCUACGUAAAUACCAGCUCUUCAAGGCACGGGCGGUCUCUUAAAAUGCAUCUGGUUUUCACCACAGUGGUCCCCAACGCCCAAACUCUUGGUGCCACGUUUUAAUACCAAAGUCCCAGGACCGGUACUCGUUCCUCAGGCGGGAGCGAGCUUUCUGGGGGGGGGAAGCCGCAGCAGUUACGUUCGGUAUUAGUCUGGCAGUCGUGAUAUGAGGUGGCAGCCCUUCAGCUUGGCUCCCCCAGCUCAAAAGGCCGUGCAGCCUCCCUGAGGUGAGAGCAAGCAGCCGUUUCCGUGAAACGAUGGGCUCCGGUGAGCGCGGCUGAAGGGGAGCUCUGGAAAAUGCAAGCGUGGAGGCAAGGCACAUCAAGGCAGAGAUGGGGAGUGAAAGAGCCCUUGUGCUGGACAGGCUAGCAAGCAACGUGGCAAAGAGAAAAAGCUCAAUGCCUCAGAAAUUUAUUGGUGAGAAACGGCACGGUUUUGAUGUUAAUUAUAAUCCGAGUUUCGUGUACGAAAAGGAGAGCGACCUCAUGCAAGGACGCAUGAUGGACCAGGCCAUAAACAACGCCAUCACCUACCUGGGGGCUGAGGCCUUGCGCCCGCUCGUGCAGACGCCGCCGGCCCCCGGCUCCGAGAUGGUGCCCGUCAUAAGCGGCCUGUACCCCCUCGCCCUGACCCGCGCCGACGUGCCCAACGGCACCUCGCAGGAGGCCGAGAAGAGCCAUGCCCCCCUCAGGGACAAAAGCCUCUCGUCCGACAGGGCCCUCUCCCCAAACAACAGCGGCCAAGACUCCACAGACACUGACAGCAACCACGAGGAGCGGCAGAACCCCUCCUUCCCCCAGGGCCCCGCCAUCCCCGCCCAGGUCCGCAACGGCCUCCAGGCGCUGAAGGAUUUCCCGAGGCCCUACGACGUCCUCAAGCCGCCCGCCCUCUGCCCGCGCGACGCCUUCAAGGUCGUCAACAAGGACGGGGAAGCCAUCGGGGUCUACCGGUGCGACCACUGCCGCGUCCUCUUCCUGGAUUACGUGAUGUUCACCAUCCACAUGGGCUGCCACGGGUUCCGCGACCCCUUCGAGUGCAACGUCUGCGGGUACAGGAGCCACGACCGGUACGAGUUCUCCUCACACAUAGCGCGAGGAGAGCACAGAGUGGUACUCAAAUAGCGCGACUGCUCUUCCAAGGUCAAAAGGCUUUGUUUUAGGUGGGAGAGGAGGCUUGUUUGUUCGGGUUUUAAUUAGUAUAAAGAAAUUUCUUGAGUAUUUUUCUAUGCCAGUUUUUAAGCGAGGGUCGCGGGGAGGUGACCCCUUCUUCAAUUUUUCUUUACAAAUAACUCAGUGUUCUGUAGCAUCUAUGCCUAGCUGCUGUGGUGGGCGGUACUGGAUAAAACACCAGGAGCGGAGACCGAUUUUUAUAUGAACUUUAUUUUUCGUGAAGAUUAAGAGCCAUGUGAGGUGGUUUUGUUUUUUAACGUGCCUUUGGUUUUAUAAUGUAUGCUUUAACUCGGCACAGAGCGUUUCGUGCCCUGCUGCCAGUCUCCCUGCUUGCUCAGAUGCAUAGGAAGAGGUGUACAGGAGGAGCUUUCUCUAGCUGGCACAGUGCCGACGGUCGUCAAGCGGCUGAUCAGCGGAACGAGGAAAAAGUGCGUCUGGGAGGGAUUAUUAAUUCCUUUCUAAAGAUUUUCCCCUAAGUUUUAAAGAGCGUGUGGCCCCCCCACACUUUCAUUUUUCUUACCCCCCCCCCGUUCACUUUCUUUAAAGUCACUCCCACAUGCGUCUUGUUCAGUAAUAGCAAAAUAAGAAAUGAGCCCCGUUUUGGGGCUGGGGUUUUUGAACCGUAUGCGUUUUUGGGAUAGCCAGUGAGGUCACUGCUUGGCUCAUCCAUGCGGUCUGGGGGAAAUCCUGAUUUUCACCGGCGGAAAGUCCUCCUUUCUGCCGGCUGCCAAGAACGAGGACGGAGCCAGGCUGUGCCCCCGGCCCGGCUCCUGCGGCCGCGCCGUCGGCCCCGCGGGCAGCGAAAGCCGCGGGCCCGGGGCGGGAGGCACCCGGCCCUGGCAGCCGACACCGUGAGAAUCUGCAUACACGAGUGUGUGGGAGCUGACAGCAAAAUCACGCUGUGUCUGGUUUUACGUGGGGAUAUCCCUCGGAGUGAAAUGUGCUGUUUUGCAAAAUGAGUAUUUACAAUUACUUUGAAGCUGGUUUUUAAAAUAGUUCUUUUAAUCUAAUCAUUGCUCUGCAGCUGUAUUGUUAGUCACUGUGCUGAAGAUAUGAAUUUGAUAACAGUUUUGCUGAGUGGAUGUUUAUUCUUUGCAAAGUAUUUUUGUAUAAUGUAGAGUUAGGUGUGUUCUGAUGGACUUCUUGCAUCCAUUGUAUGGUUUGAUAUCUACAUCGCUUUUGUACUUUUUCAGCGUUGCCGUGCCGAUAUCCGUGGUGAUCCAUUUGUUUCCGUGAGGGAAGGCUGUGGGGCACAGGGGCCUGGGUGGAGUGCCGAGGGUCAGGGAAUACUGAAUUUCAUUCCCUUCUCUGACCUGGGCUCACUCUUUUGGCUCAAAUACUCCCUCCCUCCCUGAAUUUUAAGGUACAAAAAAAAGAAAAUUAAAUUCAAUUUUCCCGGUAUGGGUACGUCUGAAGGUGAAAUGAGUCUGCAGAGUGCCUGAGUAUCUGAAGUGCUGCGGAGGUGUUAGAUCCUAGAUCCUGCUUGUCGUCGGGGGGUAAGGGGAACUCUUCAGCCACUUGGAUGUUAUGGGCAUGGUUAUAAAUUAGGUUUAGGAUCUUUUCCAAUAACCAGCUUCCCAUCGUGAGGCCCAUAGGGUGGGCGGGUGGGAGUUGGUGCUUCCCCGCUGAACUCCCGUUGUCGCGGCGUGCCGAACGAUCCUUCUGUGAGCGAGGCUGCGGCUCCAGCAAGGGCUUCACCCGGUCGGCGGAGCGCUGCGGGCCCCGGGGAGGCUUCGGCCGGUUCCCCACCUCGCUUGGUGCCAGUCGUUCGAUAACUCCGGCCCUCCCCGCUGCCUUUCCACGGAGGGGGGAGCGGCUGAGCUUACACGCGCGUCGUGGGUGACGAAAAAGCUCCUCCGGGUUCAGGAGAAAUGAAUAAGAUUACACGUAGUAAAACGCGACUUGUCGUUCGCACAGGAAGCUCCCCAGAUCGCCGAAUGUGUGUCACGCAGCACCGCCGGUUUCUUUCUCACGCCGCUGCCGAAUCCUUGAAAACACUCUUCAGAUUACUCUCCCACUCUCCACUUCCCGCCAGGCAGGGCCUCAGCCACCUACCCUCGCUUCCCAGAUAAGCUGAGCAAUCAACCGCUGCGCCCCCGAGCAGCGCUGCCAGCUUUUGGAAAGGAAGGAGGGAGGUUUUCGCAGCUUCUGGCCCAGGCGGCACCGUUUUCCCACCGCGGCUGGGACCGAGUCCCGGUUUCAGGAUAGGCCCGACCAAAAGACCUUCCCUGUGCUGCCUGGAGUCGACGAGCAGUGACCUCGUUACGGCUCUGCUGUUGAGCAAUCGCUUGUUGUGGAAUUCCAACCCAGUCACUUAUUAAAACACAUCUGUAUUUUUAUGAGAA